AUGGCAACAACAGCAGCCGUUGCAAGAAAUCUGCUGAAAAGCAGCAAAUCGUUCCCCCAGAUUAUACGCGGCCGAAUCCUUGGUCGGUCCAAUGCUGCUGCAAACCUCAAUAACAUAGCCAAAGAUCACCACCAGAUUGUUCAAUCUUUAUUCGUUUCGAACCAAACGAUUCACGCCCAAAUACCCAUCUUUGAUUUCACUGAAAUGGGUUCUCUCGUUGGGUCUCAUAGAGCGUUGACCCUGGAGGAGAAAGUUGGCGGAAGCCAUAGGAUCGUUGUCGAGGCUCGUGGAAAAGUCGUGGUGGACGACGACGACGAGUUUGUUGAUGAUGAAGAUGUCGAGUUUGAUGACGAUGAGGAGUUUGAUGCUAAAGAUGACGACGACGAUGACUAUACGGACGAGGAUGAAAUCUCAUAA